AUGUAUGGAGGAACCAAGUUUCUUGUAUUUCUUCUUACAAUCCUCAUCUUCAUGCAGCUCUCAAAAACUCCAUUUGCAGAACAGAACCAGCAGUGUGUCCCUUCUAGUUGUGGGCAUAUUCAUAACAUCCGUUAUAUCUUUCGAUUGAAAAGUGAUCCGAAGCACUGCGAUCGUGAAAAUUAUGAAUUGAGCUGUGAAGGAGAUCACCCCAUUUUAACAAUAUUUCCACAUAAUUGGUUUGGAUCACUGAACUACCAUGUUCAAGCCAUCAAUUACGAUAACUCCACUAUCCGCCUUAUGGGUCCUGCUAUAAGAGAAGGAGUUAUUUGCUCUCUUCCUCAGAAUUCGAUUACGUUUUACACUACCCCUCUUCAUCUUAAUUAUAUUACACGUUACAUUGUUCCUAUAACAGUACCAAUCACUCUCUUCAGCUGUCCAUUUGCCAUAAAUUCUUCAGUCUUUGUGGAGAUCACUAAUUGUCUCAACAGGAGUUAUGCUUCCAAUGUUUCUUCUGAUAUAUUUAAGGAUGCAAAUGCUAAUAUUUCUAUUUUAAGUUUGCAUAAUGCUUUGGCAUACGGGUUUGAGCUUUCAUGGUUUCGUGACAUUUACUGUUACAAGUGCGACAAGAGUAUUUACAACUGUGUAGGUGAAAAUUCAAGGGAUGUUCGUUGUGUGGAUCUCAGCUGCAAAACUUACAAUUUUAGAUUCUUUAAAACUUUGUGUGGUAAGAAUAUUCCCUAUGCCAUGCUCAAAUUCAAGACACUUCUUGCACUUUGGCUAUGCAUCAUCCCAUGGAUACUUCCCAUAGCUGGUAAGCCACGUCCGUUGUCUUUAAAAUUUGUUGAGUUGUUAGGAAGAGAAGAGCUGAAGUAG